AUGGCUGGCGAAUGGGAUACAGAGAGUCCGUUAGAUUCACCUGAUUUCACGUUUUUAACGCAAACAACGGACGAUUCGUUUUACAACUUUGACAGUGGCCUAGAUCAGGGCACACCUCCGUUAUCGCACUUUAUUCAGUUUAGCCAGGGCCACACACAGGGCCACCGUCAACGAUCAUUCCGGGAGUGGGUGACCGAGAUGGUCAGCCAGUUUAUGGUCCGCGGCACUAACAGUCCAAUGCAGUGGCUGUUAGAUCUACGCACCUACGGCUUGAAGAUCCAUUAUAACAGCACCGCCACAGGCCAUGUUGGCUGGAUGAACUAA